CUCCAAAGGGACUGCUCCCUUAGGGUCAAGGCAGCGGGAAGGGUCAUCUUUUCAUUCGCCCCAAGCGUGUGUUGGAUCCACUGUCACAGCAGAUGCGGGCUCGGGUGCGAAAACGAAGUAGAAAAUGCUCGCGCGGAAAACAGUUGCCAAAGAUAAGAAGAAAGCGGAGGAGCCAAAGUCUGGAAAGAGGAAAACGGCGGUGAAGAAGUCCCCGAAAGGGACGGAUCAAACAGAAGAAAAGUUGCCAGUGGCGAAGGCGCUUACUCCUAACGACGAGGCUGAGAAGCUCUCUCGAAUGUGGGAAGAGUUAAAAGAGCUUAAUGACAAGAAGCUUUACGCCAACUCGUUCACCCUUCCAGCGUCCUGCCUCCUUCGACCUCCUGCUGAUGACAGUGGCAAGAGACCACUGGAGGUUCGCGAGCCCGAGGAAAGGCAGGUCCGACGGAUCGUGGACUCUAUGAAGAGGAACCCUUUUGCAGACACUCUGGCUCACGUCGGCUUGAUAGAUCCUUCGCAGACUCGUACGAAGGAAGAUGUGGAUCUCGGCAAGCUGCUCUCUGGAGGCUACAAAGUUUUCGUGCUCGGUGGUGGACACACAAGGGAGGCCAGAGAAUGCCUUAGGAACCUUCACCCGACUGUCUCUGCUUUCCAAAAUGCGAAUUGUUUCAUUUACGUCGGCCUCACCGUCCAGGAAGCUCGUAAGAUCGUGCACGAGCACAACCACAUUGCAGGCUUCCACCAGAACUUCAGUUUCAUCCAGAAACUGAAAUCCUGGCGAGAGGUGUUCGAAUCCAUGGGCUGCCAAAAGAAUGCCGCUACGAAGACUGCAUGCUUGCAGAAAAUUGGAUUUUCAAACCCAGACAAAGAUCUUCUGCAGAGGUCGGAUCCACAUUUCCAGGUUUGCAUGCGGUCCAAGGAAGUGUGGACCCUUCAGCUGAAGAUAUUCGACAUGUGGUUAAAAGGGGAUUGUUUGAACCAGAAAAUGAAGGUCCCUACUGGGAAAAAGGCAAAAUUUUCUAGUAAUGAUAGCGAGGCGGGUGGCCCAGAGGGAACUCGGCCGGCAGUGAAGAAAAAAUUGAAGAAAUUCAAUUCUGUUGAAGCCCAACGUCAGGCGUGGAAGAAGCUGAAUGACAAAAGGGAGGCCGAAAGUCGAAGAACAAGGUCUAAACUCGUAGUCUCAGAAAAAGUUGGUACUCACUUCUUUGACUGGACGGAGGUGAAAUAUAAAGAACACUGCGGCAACGUGAAAGUCCUGGAAGGCGAUAUGAUGGACUUGAAGAAUUUGACAGAGAAGUUGUCUUUCUCUCUGAUUAUUUGCGACUUCCCGUACGGGUUUAAUCUGCCUAUGUCCUCUGGCGAUUCUGUUCCUUUUCCUAAGGAGCACAUUGUUCAGGUCCUUGAGAACAUCAAGGAGGUAUGCAGUGGACCGUUGUGGACAAUUGCUGGAUUCUGCUCUCUAGACAUGAUGCCCUCGGUUCGGCGAGCGUUCAAGAUGGUUUGCAAUGCAGGAGAGGAGGUGGUCACGUGGUGCAAGCCGAAUGUCAUGAACACAGGAGGGCCUCGUCUUGUGAGCGCGACAGAGUUUUGUGUCAUCGGCUACUACAGCCAAAGUGGUUCUCGAGAGGCAGCUCAUUACAAUUUUGCCAGCAUGGACCCCCGACACAACUACAGGCUGUUGGAUGCUGUCAUGAAGAAGUAUAUUCAUUCGAUUAACCUCGAGGUGUUGUGCCCUUACCAGAAGCCCGUCGCCUUGUACGGUUUUUCCGGGUCCGUAACAGGUGCGAUCGCCAGAGUUUUCUGCAACAGGAAUUGCGUGGUGGUUGACAAGUGCCCGCGCUACAUCAAGGGAAUCCGCGCUCGCAUUCUGAACGAUAUUGGCCCUACGAUUGAAAGAGAAAGCAGGCGCGAGGAGGCUGCAGAGGAGGAUAAGACUUACAAUUGUGUAGUUGCUGCAGAGGACACAACUGCAAUAACAACGCCGACCACUGCUGCAGUAGUAGCAACAGCAGCCGAACCAGCAGCAGCAGGACCACCCGCAGCAGCAGCACCACCAACAGAAGCACCAGCACCAGCACCACUAGCAGCAGCACCAGCAGCACCAGCAGCAGCAGCAGCAACACCACCAGCAGCAACACCAGCAGCAGUAGCAGCAACAGCACCACCACCAGCAACAGCACCAGCACCAGCAGCACCAACAGCAGCAGCAACAGCAGCAGCAACAGAACCACCCGCAGCAGCAACAACAACAGAACCACCCGCAGCAGCAACAAUACCACCAGCAGCAAUACCACCAGCAGCAGUAGCAGCAGCAGCAGCGGGAGCAGCGAACGCACAAGGGGUAGCGAGCGAGCUCAACAUGAAGAACAGACCGACAAAGCCUGUUCCGGACCUGACUGCGUCCUCGGGCGGAAGCAAAGCACGCAGCAGUGUCGGACGCCCAAGAUCGAACUUUCAAGAGGAGGGGCCAGCAGCGCAUGCAUUCGACGAGGACCACGAAGAACAAGCAGAGGUCGAAAAGGAGCUCAGUGGACAGGAAUACGACGAAGAUGAGGAGGACAAGGACAACCCGAUGGGAGUAGAGGACGUGGGGGGAGACGAAGAUGAGGAGGAGGAAGAAGAAGAAGAAGAAGAUGAGGAAGAGGAAGCAGAGGAAGAAGAGAAAGCAGAGGAAGAAGAGGAUGAAGAGGAAGAAGAGGAAGAAGAGGAAGAUGAGGAAGAUGAGGCUGAAGAGGAAGACGAGGAUGUUCAGAACGUAGGUAGGGCACGGAAGAGGAGGAAAAAGGACAGUUGGGUGCAGAACAUUCUCAUGUCGGCGAAACAAACCACGGAACUUCUUCCAUUCUUGUGGGUUGUUUGCCUCACAGCUGCCGGAGUGAAGCUGUACGCGCAGACGGAGAAGCACUACAGAUGUUAUGGCGAGAUCACUUUUGCAAGUUUGGUGAUGGAAGAACCGGACUCGUUCGCCGAAAUCUCUGGAGAAAGGUUCGGGUACGAAGUCGAAAGCUCCGAAAAAGAAAGUACUUGCGGGGAAAGUUGCGGCGUCUUCGAAAAGGAAGGCAAAGCUCCGCAAGACGAGCUGGGUACGAAGCCGAAAGCUCCAAAAAAGAAAGUACCUGCGCCGAAAGUUGCGGCGUCUUCGAAAGAGAAAGGCAAAACUCCGCAAGACGAGCUUCAAGUUCCUCGAGGUCUUGUUCCCGGCGAACUCAACGACGAGAUGACACGGGCCUGGAACGAGUUGGAGAGUUUAGAGGAGAAGAAAAUUUUUCAAGAGCCUUUUUACCUGCCCAUGUCGUGUUUGCGACGACCGCCGGACGAUGGAGCAGGAAACAGGUCACUCGAGAUUCGGGAGCCCGAAGAGUACCACGUUUCCACAAUCAUGGAUUCGAUGAUUACUUGUCCGACUGGGGAUCAUCUUCCCUUCGUUGGUGUCGUGGAUCCGUCGGAGGUGAAAGAUAAGAAGGACGUGGAUCUGGCCCGGUUGCGCAAAGGUGGCUACACCAUUUAUGUUCUUGGAGGUGGACAUUGCCGGGAGGCGAGGGAGCGUCUGCAAAAGAUCUACCCUGACAAGGAGGAUUACAAAUGGAAUGUGUGCUAUGUCUAUGCGGGCCUAACUAUAGAAGAAGCGGGGCAGGUGGGUCACAAACACAAUUUGGCAGCUGGCUACCACAGAGAUUUGAACUUCAUCGAGAAGAUGAAAUGUUGGCGUAACAUCUUCGAGAGAAUGGGGUCUGUGAAGAACACUCAGGUGAAGUUGGCAUGCCUGCGGGAGUUCGGCAUACCGUGUUCUACCAAGAAGCUGCAGAAUAAUGACCCCUUGUUGCAGAUCGCGAUGCGUCCCAAAGAGAUCUGGGACCUGCAACUGGGAAUUUUUGAGAUGUGGCAGAAGGGGGAGGUCAAGAACCAGAAACUCAAGCCUCUUGCGAAAAGUCAGAUCUGCACAGACGUCGCUCCAGAGUCCAGCGAGUCGGAGGGUGGCAAGAAACAACGAGGGGCGAAAAAGCUGGACAGGGCUGUCGCAAAGCAGCAAGAGAUGGCGUUCUUCAAUCCUCGCCUAAAAUUGAAGGACAACAAAGUUGCUUCGGCCCCGGCUGACAUGCCUGCGCAGCCGUGGAUUACGGUGGGCAAUAUCCCGCACGACGCUAUCAUCCCCAUCUUGACGGAAGUUGUGUCCAAGCAAAUCUCCCUGGAAGAGAUGGAGAGGAAGUUCAAGGUCGUGAAAAAGUUUGGCUACGUUGCAAAGGCCUUUUGCAGAGGUGUCAAAUACAAAGACUUCAAAACCGCAGAGGAGUUGUAUCCUUUGCACACCAAGAAGGAGGUUCUCGAGCCAUUCAUUAGGACUUUUGAGAGGCGAGGGGCUAAACCCACUGCUUUGCUAAAUCACAUUGAACGAGCGAAGGAGUGGAGGAAGAUGGAGGACAAGAGGAUUAAAGAUGCACAAAGAGCGAGUCACGAUUUCUUCCGAGCGCAUUCCCUGGACGACUCUUUCGCGGACUGGACUGACGUGAAGUACGAAGGGUGCUCGGGGCAGGUCAAGGUCAUUCAAGGCGAUAUGUUGCGUUUGGCACAACUGCAAAAGGACAAGGUGUCGAUUUCCCUUUCCAUCUUCGAUUUGCCCUACGGCUUUGCGCACAAAGGACACGCGCGUGACACGGAGCCAUUCCCGGAGAGUGACAUUGUCGCUGUGCUCCAGAAUGUCAAGGAGGUUUCAAGCGCAUCGCUCUGGACAGUCGCUGCUUUCUGCUCUGUGGACAUGCUAUCCUCAGUGAGGUCCGCGUUUGCGAAGAUCUGCAAUGUUGGUCAAGAGUUUGUCACGUGGUGCAAGCCGAACACAACGAAUCCCGGUGGCCCGAAACUUGUCAGCGCGACGGAGUUCUGCGUUCUGGGGUACUACAAUGUGACGGGCCAACGUGAGAUGACGCAUUACAACUUCACUCCCACCGAUCCCCGCCACAACUUUCAACUUUUUGAUGCGGUCACGCGAAAGUUUGUGCACCCGGCUAAUGACAGGGUGCUUUGUCCGUACCAGAAACCUUAUGCAUUGUAUUUCUGGUUGGUCACAAAGUUCCCUCCACCAGGCGGCACCGUUUUGGAUGGCUUUUCGGGCUCGGGUACAGGGGCCAUUGCUUGCGUGAUGGCGAAUAGGAAUUGUCUUGUCGUGGAGCUGGACAGGUGGUGUGCGAAGGGAAUCCGCAUGAGGCUGCUCACUGACCUCGAAGGGACGUUGCAGAGAGAAAAGCCGAAAGAGGGGAAGGGCAAGUCGAAGGAACAGCACCCUGAUGCGGACGUUGAGGUGUCUGGGGAUCACGGCCUCGAGGAGGAAGAGCAACAUGUUAAGGAAGCCACGGCGAGGGAGGCUUCUGGCCAGGACAUGACGCAGGAGACAUGGGAGCCCAUUCCGGGAUUGAUUUCAACCGAAGCCAAUCUGCCGGCAGGAUCUGACCAGCGUAAGGAACCGUCUGUGGCAGUACACGAGGUCGUAAGAGAAAGAUCGGAGGAUAGGAGGCGGUCAACUCCUUGUGAUGGGUCUGCACAGCGAUGCUCGACGAAGACAACGUCUGGACCGUGCCACGUGGCACCUCGAUAUGAUGCUGAACUGUUCUAAUCGUUACUUUCAGGAAAGUCUCGAACAAAUAUGUAUUUACAUC